AACACCUUGUGUGUUUUCUGGGCAACAUCUGAACAAAGGCCUGCCCCUUUUCAUGAGGAUUUCUCUACCGCCAUCGUUACUUUACGUGUAAUCACGAUUACUAAAUCGGAUUACGAUACUUUUAUUAUAUUUCGGGACGUCGGUAACAGUAGAGACAGCGUCCGUGAUGGAUGUGGAUCACCAUGAAACCAGCGGCGAGACCAAAUCGGCCAUGCAUACUUGGCGUUAUCGCCACCAUUUCACGUACAAGGCAGAUCAAGGAAAAAAUAUCAUCGUCCAGUGUAAUCUGUGCCUGCCGAGGGUUAAUCUGCUGUCCACGUCGAAAACCUCAACAUCAAACCUAAAGAAGCAUUUAGACAGAACACACUUGGGCUGUGAAGCCAGUCCUGAUGCCAAGAGGGGAAGGAAGAAAGAGGAACGCAAUGGUGAGGAAAGCAGGCACUGUCAGCUCAAAAAACUCAAAGCAGAAAUCAUCUCCAAGUGCAUGACCCAAGCAAAGAUCGAUGAUCUAAUCUUCAACUUCAUUGUGGAGGAUUGCCAGUCUUUUUAUGUUCUGGAACAGCCUGGUUUCAGGAAGCUGAUUGCAGGCUUGACUGAAGGGUUGAAGUCCAUGGACAGGGUGACUUUAUUUACAAAGGUCGACCAGGGCUUCUCCAGGAUGCGGGAGGAGCUGAUGUCAAAGCUCAGCAGCAUCCAGUACGUGUGCACCACAGCUGACAUCUGGACAGCCAACAACAGGAGCUUCUUUGGGAUGACCUGCCACUGGAUCGACAGCGAUUCUUUGGAGAGGAAAUCUGCUGCUUUGGGGUUCGCGCGGCUGCAGGGCAGGAUCACUUACGACAGCAUCGCUGGGCGGAUACAUGACAUCCACGUGGCCUACAGUAUAGAAAGCAAAGUUCAGACCACGGUCACUGACAACGGCAGCCCCUUUGUCAGCGUAUUCAAAGAGUUUGCGAUGGACAGCCAGGAAAGUGACGAUGACAUUGGGUUCUACGAGAACGUGAGCACCGUCCUCGAGGGCGAGCCCGAGCAGGACAUGCUCCUGUUUCUGCCCACUGUGCAGCGCUGUGCGUCGCACACCCUGGAGCAGAUUGUCAGUGAGGACUUUUGGCAGGCUGUGUCACAGGGGCCCAUGUGCCAGCUACAUUAUAGCACGAUGGCCAAGGUGUAUGCCAUAUGGAGCAAGUGCCACCAUCUCCAGGUCGGUAUGGAUGCGGCGGAGGAGAUUGGAAAGAUGGCACUUGUUGUCCCUGCUGUUAUACGUUGGAAUGUGGAGUACUGUGCUGUGCAGAAGAUCGUCUCCCUCACAGAGCGGGAGCUGACAGAGCUGUGCGCCCGCCUGGAGGUCCCGCGCCUGCAGCCUGAGGAGAUGGCCUUCCUGAAAGAAUACGUGACUGUGUUCCACCCGCUUGCCUUUGCACUUGAACUUUUCCAAGCGGAGCAGAAAUGUUACUUGGGUCUGGUCAUUCCGACAGUACUCAGUCUGAAGAACAAGUUAAAUGAGCAGAAAGAUGCGGCGAAUUACUUCGCUGAUGUCAUCCAAGCCAUUGUAAUGGCCAUUGACGUGCGGUUCCAGGAGCUGUUCGCCAGCACUGAGGCAAAGAUCGCAACAGCGACCACUCCUCAGUUUCGCUUGUGGUGGAUGGCUGCCUCUGAGAGGGAGGAGAUGUGCUCCCUGCUGGCCACGGAGGCGUCCCAGGUGGAUCCCUGCAGCGUGUCCGAGGCGAACACCAGCCGGAAUCUGUUCCACCAUCGAGUCCGAAGACGACUUCUUCAGCUACGGGCCCGUGAAGCCCGCCACUCAGAUCCAGCAGCGGGGUGUGAUGGAAGAGGUCCGCAAAUACACUGAAGGAACGGGGAAGAGCCUCGAGUGCCUGCAGGACUUCCCCAGAGUGAAGCAGCUCUUCCUAAAAUACAACACCACCCUGCCGUCCACGGCCCCCGUCCAGCGUCUCUUCAGUCAGAAAGGCAACCUGGUCACAUCACAGAGAAACUUUCUGACUGACGACUACUUUGAGCGCAUUCAGCUUUUGAGAUACAACAGCAAUGUGUGUUCUUUGACCACCGAGUGAAUACAUUGCUGAUGACUCUCUCUCUCUCAGCCUUUUAAUUGAUGCAGAAUCAAACCACAUUGUGCUUAAAUCAUUACAGAAAAACCCUGAGUUAAUAACACAUUUCAGACAACUUAGUCCAGAUGUGUUUUCUAAUACACCCCCCCACCCCCACCCCACCCCCAACCUGUUUUGAUAGGCAUGGCUUAUGUCUCCCACUCCAGGAUGGCCUAAUGAAAAUAUCUAAUUGACAAUCAUAGACAUUGAUAUUCAAGGACUGAAUACACUGACAAAAGCAUCUUUUUAUCUGUGCUAUUGUUGUGAUUUGAAGUAGCCACAGGGUUAAACUGAUUUCGUCUUUCAGUUAAGCUAGUUUGUUUUUUCUACAGCUAUUCAGUGAGAAUGCAUCUCCUGUCUGUAUGUUUUAUAUCAUAUAUAAAGAGACAAGGAACAAGG